UCCAUUUCCUCAUACGAUUCGGAGGUUCUUCAUCAGAGUCUUUCUUCAUUUGUAAGUAUAUAUACAUAUAUAUAUAUAUAUUCGAUUUAGAUUCAGCUUCCAUUUUUAGUAUAUAAGUAUAGGUUUCAAGGUUAGUUGAUCUCUGUUCUUCCCUUUUUUAAGAUUAACAGAGUUGGAUUUAUAAAUAUAUAUACACAUACGCCGGUACAUACAAAACAGCCGUAGGUUUCUUGUUCUUAGUUCCGAAUACUUACUUGCACAUAAGCCUUUUAUUCGAUUCUUGGAUUUUUUUUCCAAGGAUGAAUACUGGAAGUUGUAUUGCAGUCAAUAGUAUGAAACCUUGUUGUAGAAUCUUGAUUAACUCUAGAAGCUCGUCAAUAUUCGGCUCUUCUCCUUCAAAAUCAAGUUAUUCAGUUGUUGAUAAUCUGUUCAAAUCGCGGUCUAGCAAAUUGACUCGUCGACGCAAUAGAUUCCAUUGUCAUUGUAUUUGUAAGUCCCAAGCUGUUGGUUACAAGCGUGCGGUAGAUCUGAAUCGGAAGGCUUUUUGUGUUUCCUAUUCGAAUUUGGGUCAAUCUAGGGUUUCCAGGGCUAAUUUUCGGGUUAUUAAUAGAGCAGAUGGUAAUAGCAAUAGAGGUUUGUUAGUAAUUCCCAAGGUAGCGUCUGAUAUAAGGAACCACUCAACAUCAGUCGAUCCUCAUGUUAAUGAGAAGAGCUUCGAAAAGAUUUACAUUCAGGGUAGUUUGAAUGUGAAAGAAUUGAUGCUUGAGAGCAUUGAGACAGGUAAUGGUUUGACGAAAAAGGAAGACGGAAGGCUAGAGGUUAAUAAGCCAAAUGUGAGUGUAGAUGUUGAUAAUUCAAAGGGUUUGAAUGAGACUAAGGUUGAAAGAGAAGUGUCACAGAUUGAAAAGGAAGCUUGGCAGUUGCUUCGCAGUGCAGUUGUGAGUUAUUGUGGGAAUCCGGUGGGUACUGUUGCAGCUAGUGAUCCUGCUGACAAGCAACCACUUAACUACGACCAGGUCUUUAUUCGUGAUUUUGUCCCAUCGGCACUUGCCUUUUUGCUUAAUGGAGAAGGAGAGAUUGUCAAGAAUUUUCUUCUUCACACGUUGCAGUUGCAGAGUUGGGAGAAAACUGUGGAUUGCUAUAGCCCUGGGCAAGGUUUGAUGCCAGCAAGUUUUAAGGUUCGAACUGCUCCCCUUAAGGGUGGCAGUGGAGCAGUCGAGGAAGUUUUAGACCCUGAUUUUGGUGAAUCGGCCAUUGGCCGUGUCGCCCCUGUUGAUUCUGGGCUGUGGUGGAUUAUUUUGUUGAGAGCAUAUGGAAGGAUCACAGGUGACUAUGCACUGCAAGAGAGGGUGGAUGUCCAGACCGGCAUAAGGCUCGUUCUGAAUUUAUGUUUAACUGAUGGAUUUGACAUGUUCCCAACUUUGCUUGUCACUGAUGGUUCCUGCAUGAUUGAUAGACGGAUGGGCAUUCAUGGGCAUCCACUUGAAAUCCAAGCCUUAUUUUAUUCGGCUUUACGCUGUUCUCGUGAGAUGCUUAUUGUCAAUGAUGGAACAAAGAAUUUAGUAGCUUCCAUCAAUAACCGACUGAGUGCACUGUCAUUUCAUAUCAGAGAAUACUAUUGGGUGGAUAUGAAGAAAAUCAAUGAGAUCUAUCGAUACAAAACAGAGGAAUAUUCUACAGAUGCCAUCAACAAGUUCAAUAUAUAUCCAGAUCAAAUUCCUUCCUGGCUUGUAGAUUGGAUCGCUGAAGAAGGAGGUUACUUUAUUGGCAAUUUGCAACCUGCUCAUAUGGACUUUAGGUUUUUCACUCUUGGAAAUUUGUGGGCCAUUGUUUCUUCUCUGGGUACUUCGAAACAGAAUGAGGGUAUUGUCAAUCUGAUUGAGGCCAAAUGGGAUGAUAUUGUGGCUCAAAUGCCUCUUAAGAUUUGCUACCCUUCUUUGGAGUCUGAGGAAUGGCGUAUAAUUACUGGCAGUGACCCGAAAAAUACUCCCUGGUCAUAUCACAAUGGUGGAUCUUGGCCCACGCUUCUUUGGCAGUUCACAUUAAGUUGUAUAAAAAUGGGGAGACAAGAAUUAGCAGAAAAGGCGAUUAGCUUGGCAGAAAAAAGGCUAUCAGCAGAUAAAUGGCCGGAAUACUACGACACAAGAAGCGGGAGAUUUAUAGGAAAGCAGUCGAGAGUUUUCCAGACAUGGACCAUAGCAGGUUUCUUAACCUCAAAAAUGCUGUUGGAGAACCCAGAAAAGGCAGCCCUGUUAUGGUGGGAAGAGGAUUAUGAGCUCCUCGAAAUGUGUGUUUGCGGACUUGGCAAAACUGGGCGAAAGAAGUGUUCACGCCUCGCUGCAAGAUCUCAGAUUCGUCCCUGAAAUUUUAUCAUUUGAGAAGUGGCCCUGACACCCCUUACUCACCUCUUUCUGUUUGUUUUUUGGUUUGGGUCUGGCUGGCAGAUUUGAGGAAAGCCCAAGGAGAAAGAUAACACUUACUUGCUCGAGAUUCACGAACCUGUCUGACUCGGAGAUGACUUUGACUACAACUCAGCAAUAGCUUUACAGUACUUACUACUUACACUCUUGCAUUUUGUACCCACUAAAUUGUACUAUCAUUUUUACUUUAGUUAGAUGGCUGUGUUUUUUUUUUUUGGAGAGAGCCUUCACCAUGUUUGUAUUGGUUCCUGUACAGACAUAACUUGAAUUAUUUAGGAUUUCACUGUAUUAUUCAGUA